AUGGACGGUUACAAUUAUAGCAAUUGCACAUGCCAUAAUCUGCACGGCAAGACCUCGAUACUUCUUGUCGAUUCAAAUUGGUCUAGCAUCAAUUUUAUUAACAAAUUUCACCGUACAAUUUCUAAAGAGAAAACUGUGCCAUCAAGUACAAAAGUUGGCAAGUUCGGUCGCAUAGACCUUAUACCGUUCAAUAAGGGAAAAUCAGGCUUAUCCAUCAUUUUUAUGGAAGACUUACAAGACCUUAAUCCAUUAUCCAAUAACAUUGAAGUAAAUUCUAUUGAUUACAUGUGGCUUUACAAAAAGUGGAAACACGAAGAAAAAGUCCCAGAUUGGAAUGGAUUCAUGCAGAUGUUGACAAAAAACAGGAUGUCUGUAACUUCGCCAAUAGUAUAUUUGCCGAUCAUCGACGCACCCGCAAGUGAUUACGACACAAUCCACACAGCUUUGAGAAUUGCUGUACAAAGAUUACAGACUGUAAAUCAAGAUCUUGCAUCGUUACUUUUGAUCUGCUCUUGUUCAUCAAAGAGAGAGAUAUUAUCGCUUCGUGUGGUGAUAUUUCACCAGUAAAAGAUAUAAACUGAUCCGUGGAGAAAAUGUUAUGUAAAAAGGCGUAGAGCGAUUCGUUGCCAUUCACUUAUUCGGCUUGCCUUAGCAACGUUUGUAAUUGGAAGAAAUUAAUUUUUCGGAGGAAGAACAAAACAUUUUACGCAAAUUGUGCAUGGCCAACGACGUUACAAUCGAAACAUUAUCCGAUCAAAAGAUUUCUUUUUUUGCCAAACAAUUCAAUGAAAAAUUCCAAGAUCUGAAGAAAAAUGGUCCGACAGCCGAAAUGUUCGUUCAAUACUUUAAAAUGGUUAUCGUAUUGCGUCAAUUUAUUGAUGCCGAAAAAUGUGGAAAUUGGAAGCAACAUUUAGACUGCAUACAACGAAUGUUGCCCUUCUUCGUCACAAGUGGCUAUUUCAAUUAUGCAAAAUGUGCCUACCUUUAUCUGCAGAAUAUGUUGAAAAUUUACAAGAAAUUAAACAAUUCUGUAAGUUCACUAAAGCUGAAUUUUUUAUUUUUUAUACGAUACGGAUCCAAUAAAUUCUAUUCAGCGAUAUGGACGGAUAUGACGAACGAGCAGACGUACAUAAGAAAUAUCCACUCAAGAGAAGGUUUGACGCAUGGCCGUGGAGUAACAUCUGCCACUACAGCUCGAUGGAUCACAAGUAUUUCACUACAUAUAGUUAUUGCUGAUCAACUUGAAAAGUUUUGUAACUUCACCAGUUCCGGAACAUCUCAUCAGCAUAAGGAUGCAGGAAGUUUGCGCAUAGAGCGGAAUGAAAAGGACGUCAAAACUCUAAAAGAGUAGUUUCGCAACCAUUUACCAUUUCUUAAAAGUUCCGAUUUGAUGUCUGCACAGGUUUAAUAGGGACUUUAGAGAUUAAUUGUCAUAAAGCACAAGCUAAUGGGAUCAAAACACUUUCUGAAGUAAUAAAAGGACAUUUUGAUGAUAUAAAA